GGAACAUAUACGGCCGUCUGACUCAACCUGACCUUUACAGAGACGAUUAGACAGCAUCUGGAUGAUUUAUCAACAAAAAAAAGUGCGAUGAUGCAUGCAUAUGGCGACUACAAUGGAGUGGUGCGGAUGUCGCAUGUCUUCUCCAAUCGGUUCUGAAAAUAAUCGCUGGCUGCCAGAAAAAAACAGUCUAGAAAAGCUGCACAAUCCGAGGCUUUGGCUUCAAGUUUCGCUAUCGGAUUCGCCAUGCUUACGGCAUCAUGACUCUUGUGACUCACAGAUCGCUUUGGUGGAGAGUUUUCAAACCAGAGCCUGAGAUCCUUCCCAUGUGUGUAAACACCCAAACACAUUGCAAUGACACAACCAUUCACACACCUUUUCGCUGGGAAUAACCUGAACAGGUUCAGCAUUCUUCGCUCCAACAAGACCUUUUUGGCUGCCUCUUUAACAUCGCCAUAUACCCGUUUCAUUGCAUUACGGGCCCUUGAUCCGCUCCUCAAGCCCUCAGAAUCGCCCAAGCGCGUGGAAAUUGCAUGGCUUACAUCUGCAACCGUCCAAGGCGCAAUUGACAAUGGCGCCUUUGUAGCUCUUUUGGGCGUCGACGAAGAAGAGGAGGUAGAAGAAUUUCAAAUCGAAAAGACGAACGGGCAAAGCAUGGCUGUGAAAGGCAGAGCCUAUUGGGCUGUGGACAUGACACCGACAAGCCAAGAUAAAGGCGUCAUUGAACGGAUAAAUAAAGAACUUGAAGAAAGCCAUGGCGCUCAAUACUCGCCGUUGCGCCAAAAACUCUCUGAGCUGCCAUGGUCUCGCGACACUGCCAUUCUGGCCCAAGCCCGCGCCAUUGUCGAUUGGAAUACCCGCAACCAGUUUUGUCCUGGAUGUGGACGCAAGACUGUAUCUGAGGAAGCGGGAUACAAGAGAGUUUGCCCUCGUGCCAGUAAGGAUCAACAAAAGGCGACUGCAUCGUCGGUGGAUCCCGAACCGAAGGGAGAGGCGCAAGCUGUAGAUGAGCAACAACAACCUGCUUGUCUUUCAUUGUCUGGGGUUCAUAAUUUCCAAUACCCUCGUACGGAUCCGGUGGUCAUUGUUGCAAUUGUUCACCCCACGGAUCCCAACAAGAUUCUUCUUGGCCGCCAGUCUCGUUUCCCACCAGGAUGGUAUACAUGCAUUGCAGGCUUCAUGGAAGGAGGCGAGACAUUGGAGGAAGCCUGUCGUCGUGAAGUGUGGGAGGAAGCGGGUGUCAAGGUUGGACCCGUGUUUUAUCAUUCCUCGCAACCCUGGCCAUUCCCCAAUUCGAUCAUGUUGGGUUGCAUUGGAAUGGCCACGACAGAAGAAAUUGACCUGGGUGAUCAGGAGCUGGAAGACGCAAAAUGGUUUACCCGUGAGCAAGUUCUGGGCGCAAUAUCUCCCUACGAGUCAUCAUCAAAGGAUACACCCAAGAGAGACGAUAUACAGCUUAGAAUACCACCGCCUUAUGCCAUUGCACAUCAAUUGAUAAAGGCGUGGGCGGAACGAUGGAAGGGGUAUAAUCUAGCAGACGCCAAGAUGUAGAAUAGGAAAUCCUUUGUAUAGAUAAAUAGCACGCAAUCUUUUGCCCUCACA